AUGUUGAAACCACCAUGCCAUGCCUUCAACUAUCGGGAAUCGGAUGGAUCGUGCCAGCUGGUUCUCAACGGAAUGAGCAACCUUACGGAAGCCAACGGCUACGGCGCCUACGUUCAGAGUAAGCAGCAGCAUACAUACCCAGAAUGCCGACUGACCGUGAAGGGAAGAGAGUAUAUAGGAAAGAUGAAGAACUCCGAAUCGGGAAAGGAGUGUUUGAGAUGGGACAUCCAACCCUAUGGAAAACCAGAAGACUUUUCCAACGAGGUCAGUUACGCCGGGCAUUUCCCGAACCUGGACGUCUGGUCCCAGAAGAACUACUGCCGGAAUCCCUCAGGGAAGAAGCGACCCUGGUGUUUCAUAUCCGACCCUGAAAUUCAAUGGGAAUACUGCGAAAUCCCCAUGUGCACCGAUAGAGAUCAUCCCGAGUGCAAGGUGACUCAACAGGGAAGUGAAUACAUUGGGAAACAGAACACCACCCUUUCUGGUCGUCGAUGCCAGCCUUGGAGAAGCUUGACAUAUGAGCAGGAGAAUUUCACCAUCGAUAAUUACCUUCCGGGAUUCGCGGAUUCUGAUGAGAUCGACGAGCACUUCAACUUCUGCCGGAAUCCGAACGCAGACGCCGCUCCGUUGUGCUCUUACACGGAAGAGAAUUCUACGAUAUGGGAAUACUGCAACGUUUCCUUUUGUGGAGGACGAGCUGAAAAAGGAGACGACGGACACGUGUAUCCGGAAUGCCGAUUGUCGGAGAAGGGGAAGGAAUACGUGGGGAGGAGGAGCGAGACCGAGACGGGAAAAACUUGUCUCACUUGGGGGAACCGACCAUAUGGCACACCGUGGGAUUUCCUCAAUCGGGAUGGGGAAUAUGCGGGGCAUUUUCUCAAUCUGGAUCCAUCAAUCCACGAGAACUACUGCAGAAAUUCGGGACUGCACAGGGAAAGGCCCUGGUGCUUCGUCACUGACCCUGAGAUCGAGUGGGAGUACUGCGACAUACCCCGCUGCCACGACCAAAAUCCGCCAGAAUGCAAGCUAACGAUGCAGGGAGGAGAAUACGUCGGGAAGCAGAACGCGACCUUCUCGGGGUUCCCUUGCCAGCAUUGGCUGACUAAUUUUCCAAAUCCACACGACAUGAUAGAACAACGACUGUCUGCAUUCUCAGAUGAAGUGGACGGGAGCCACAACUUUUGCCGGAACCCAGAUGGCCUUUUUCACGGUCCAACAGAAUGCCGAAUUCAGUCUGGGACGGAGUAUAUGGGAACGAAGAAUAGGACGAAAUCGGGGCACCCCUGCCAGCCGUGGUUGAGCCAUACGCCGCACGAACUACACGAGAAGUACUACUACAAUCCAAAGGGAAGAAGCUUUCCGGACGAUCUACACUCUUCUCACAACUUUUGUCGAAACCCAACCUCGGAUCCAGCCGGUCCUUGGUGCUAUAAUGGAGCUGGAAAGCGUCCCGAAUGGGAAUACUGCGACAUACCACGUUGCUGA